ACCAAGUCCAACAUCUCAAACCCACACAACAAAUAAAAAGCUCAAUAAAACCAAACCACUUCUCCUAAUCUCUCUCUCUCUCUCACUCUCUCUCUCUCUCUCUCUCUCUGUCUUCUAGACCCAUUCUGCAUAUAUACAUAACAUCACAAACCUUUUCUAUUCUAUUUGUGGGCUUUGACAGGAAUUUGGUGGAUAAAGGACUUGUCAAGACAUGGCUACUGGUAAUGCUGCAGCCUGGGCUGAGAAGGCAACAAGUGAUAUGCUGAUUGGUCCGGACUGGGCAAUAAACAUCGAAUUGUGUGAUAUUAUUAACACGGAUCCUGGGCAAACAAAGGAUGCCUUGAAGAUACUCAAGAAGCGCUUAGGCAGUAAAAAUCCAAAAAUACAACUUCUGGCUCUCUUUGCAUUGGAGACUGUCAGCAAAAACUGUGGAGAGAAUGUAUUUCAGCAGAUCAGUGACCGUGAUAUCUUACAUGAAAUGGUUAAGAUAGUAAAGAAGAAGCCAGAAUUAAACGUGAGGGAAAAGAUACUUCUUUUGAUAAAUGCAUGGCAAGAAGCUUUACCAAGGAUAAAGUAUCCCCAGUACCAUGCAGCAUAUAAUGAAAUAUUGUCUGCUGGAAUUGACUUUCCACCACGAGAUGUGAACAGUGUUCCGUUAUUUACUCCACCGCAGACCCAGCCUGUAGUUCCUCCUGAGUUAGCAUAUGAUGAUGCUGCUAUACAGGCCUCUCUACAGUCUGAUGCUUCUGACCUCAGCUUGUCAGAGAUUCAAAAUGCUCGGGGAAUAUCUGAUGUAUUAAAUGAUAUGCUGGGUGCCUUGGAUCGUCAUAAUCCUGAGGGUGUGAAGCAAGAAGUGAUUGUUGACCUUGCUGACCAGUGCCGUUCUUACCAAAAGCGUGUCAGGCUUCUUGUGAAUCAUACUGUAGAUGAGGACCUUCUUUGUCAGGGAUUGGCAUUGAAUGAUAAUUUGCAGCGUGUGCUUCGCCGACAUGAUGACAUUGCGAAUGGAACCCUAACAGUAGGAGUAAGAGAAACUGACACACCAGUUGUGUCUCUUGUGAGUGUGAACCAUGAGGAUGAUGAAUCAGAGGAUGAUUUCGCCCAGCUAGCUCAUAGAAAACCGGCCUACACAAAGACUGAACCGGUGCGCGUCAGUCCAGUUCUUCCUCCUCCACCCUCAUCAAAGAAACCAGUUGCCACAGAUUCAGGCACGAUUGAUUAUCUCAGUGGUGAUGUCUACAAGUCUGAAGGAUCCUUUGAAACAUCAAAACCAACAUCAUUUGCAGUUCCAAUUCAUUCUGACAGAAAUUCCACCAAACCAUUGACUCCAACACGCUCUUCCUCUGCCCCUCCUGAAGACAUUAAUCCCACUGCAUCUAUGCCUAUGUUCACUGAACAGCCUGUGUAUGAUGAACAAGCUCGCAUAAGCAAAUCUGCAGACCAGAUGCCUCCAGCUCCUUGGGAUACUCAAUCUGUUAACCUUCCACCCCCACCUUCCAAGCAUAAUCAGAGACAACAAUUUUUCGAGCAAGUUUAUUCAGGUGGUGCAUCUUAUUCAAGUAGCGGAUCUGGUUCCAGUUCCUCUUACGACAGCUUAGUGGGACAGACUCAGAAUCUCAAUAUUAAUGCAUCUACCCCACCCAAAGAAGCAAAACCAGAAGAUGCCCUGUUCAAAGAUCUGGUAGAUUUUGCUAAAUCCAAAUCUUCAUUAUCAUCUUCUUCUUCUUCUUCUUCUCCCAAACCCAAUCGGUCAUUUUGAUUGAUUGAGCAUUGGACUACACAUGAUGGUACAGCUUAUGAAUGUUGUUAGUUUAUCGCAUCAUAUCAUGAGAUUACUCCUUGUUAAAUAAUUGUUGUUAGGAGCUUUGUAAUUUCUUUUGGUUUGUCUAUUCUGUUCAGCUGGUUUAUUUUGAGGUGGACAGCAUACUACUACAUAUGUAAUAUAUAUAUUCUGACUGAGUAUACUGAUGUACCAUAUUUUGUUCUUUAUUCGUUAGUACCUCAUUUUUUAA